AUGGUGAGCGCCGUGUGUGUUGCCUUGACGAUCCUCAUGUCCGUUCUUGGAGGACAAGCAGCGAACCUGCUGAGAGUUUCUACAACAUCAGGGAGUGAGUACCAGUCUGAUGAAAAUUUUCCUCAAACAUUAUGUAUUUUUUACUCCUAUCUCUAGAAUCUUCAAAAAGUGCUUUAUGAGGAACUGAUCUGUUAUGAAAACGUAGAAAAAUGAUGUUCCUUUUUAAAAACAUUUUAAUCCUAAUUAAAGGUUCUGUAAGUGAGUUUAAAUUACAACUGACGCCUCUCCAUUUCUUACAAAAGCAACAAGACCAUCAGCGUUUAACUUGAUUAUUGAUUAUUGUUAUUUUCUAUGUCUAAAACUGCUGUCACAGGGUAGGUGUCGCACAAAGUACUUGAAGCUCCUAUGAGGAGUUUUUUGAUGUUAUGAAACAGACUGAAAUUCACAGUGAUGCCUUUUCAUGCUAUCGUAAAGCUAACUAGACCAUCAGCAGAGAUCUUAAUGAUUUUGAUAUUGUGAAGAAGAAUUUUUAUAUUGUAAGAAAUGACACAUUUGAUAAGUCGCGUAAAGACUGCUUUGUCCACAAAGGGGUGCCAAAAUCGACGCAAACGAAAAGUUCCUCACAGGAGCUUUAAGUCCAUUGUUUCUUUUUAAACGGAUACUGACAGACUCUAAAAAAGUUUGACGUGACUAAGCCUAACGUCUCUCCUCAGAUCCUCCCUCCAUCCCCUCAGUGCAUUGCUGGUGUGCGAGCUACCCCAAUAUGACUCUUUGCUCCUGGCCUGAACCCUCUCAAUCCCCACCCACGCACUAUGUCGCCACCUACAGGUAAAAGAACGGAGAAACCCAACACCUCCUGAGUGCUGUGACUCCAAACCAAUAAUACAAUAUUUGCCACCAUGACCUCAUUUAUAUACAUGUGUGUGUUUGUGUGUGUGCCAGAGAGAGACACGGAAACACAGUCACCGAGCAGUGUCAACUCAUCCCACCUGGAUCUUCGUCUCCUCUUCUGGCAUCAGCUUCCUCAUCUGAACGGGUAUCAGAUACAUUUCUUUAACACCUUUUCCUUUUUUUCUUUCUUCAGUCUGUUUGAGUUACAAAUAAAAACCAGAAACACUUCUGUACGCUUGAAAUUUCAGCUGCAAUAAAGUGGCAAAGCUUUGGAAAACCCCAAAUCACAUUACUUGUUAAAUGUUUGUCUUGUGACACUGUGGUUAACCAUGAGUAUGGUUAUUUCUGUAAGGUUGUGUUUUUGUAAAUUAUCUCAAAUUUACACAUGAACACUUUAAAACACUUAUAAAAAGUGGCUAAUAACACAUUUGAACACCGCCUUCUGUUGUUAGCUCUGGCACUGCUACCUGCCCAACCUGAAGCUCCUCACUGACUACAUCAUCAACGUCACAGCAGUUUACCCAGAAGCCAGCAGCUCCCAUCUGGCAAGCUUCAUGAUGGAGGACAUAGGUGAGAGCCCAGGUUAAAAAUAACCUAGGAUGUUGCACAUAUGUUGUAUUUGAUAUGAAGAAACACAAUCUUAAUCUUGCUUUCCUCUGUUUUGCUUUGUGUAGUGAAACCAGAUCCUCCUGUAGACGUCCAGGUUUCCCCACAGAUGAACAGAAACCUGCUAGUGGAGUGGUCUCCCCCCCAGACUUGGGCAUACAUCAACAUCUUCCCCCUAAAUUACCAGAUUCUGUACCAGUGGGUCAGCAAGGGCGUGACCAGACAUGUCAAUGUAAGUGUAAGUUGCAACAACAGUUUUCUAUGGAAUCUACAUUUUCUAUACGUAGAUGUCACAGAUUUACAGAAACCCAAUAGGUGAUUAGAAAUAUAUCCCCAUCUUGAAAUCUUCUGGCUGUCCUGUAAUCUUCGAGUACCUCUACAUCAAAUUAAACUAAGCCUUACGUUUUUAAAAUUCUGUCAAAUUCCACUUUGAGUUAAAGCUGCUAUAAGGAGUUUUUUCUGUGUUUACGUAAAAGACUGAAACUCAUACAGAUGCUUUUACAUGACACCCAAAAGCAAAUAAAACCAUCAGGAACAAGAUUAUUAAUAUACAAAAUGAACUACUUUAGCAUGUAGAGGGCAAGAUAAGUAAAGACUUCUCUGACACUCACAAACCAAUAGUUCCUCACAGUGGUUUUAACAUUCAAGGGGUUUCCCAACAGAAAAUAAACCCUCCAUGGUUGAUUGAAAAGCACUUUGACUGGAGUGUCACAGGAUUCGUUCAACAAUUGUGUUUCUUCUCCUCACUUUUGAUUGGUUAGCUUAAAGUGCUCGAAGACAGGGAGACAAAUAACGUUUUAGUCCACCUUACACAGCUAAACUAGCCUACUGUUUCGUACCCAGGGGAGACCUAUUUUACCCAUAUCCACCUGUGACUCCGCCUUCUUCAGUCUCUGCCUGAGACUAACUCCUUUUUUGACAACUUUACCCCCUAAUAUAAAGUUAGACACAGCUUGUGGGUGUAACUUUUUACACAGAUUUGUAGUCACUAAACCUGACAUCUUGAUAGCUUUUGUAAAGUUUGCAACAUUUGCAGGCAUCCAAAUUUACAACAUAGAAAUAAUCAACCUUAUUGUUGAUGGUCUGGUUAGCUUUUAUAGAUCAUUAAAGAGACACCAAUGUUAACUCUAGUCUGUUUUAUAACUAGUAACUAUCUUUCUCCUUCAGCUGGAGUCAUUUGACAACACUACGGUUGAGCUGAAAGGGCUGAGACCAGGGAGGCUUUACACGUUCCAGGUGUGUGCCAAGGAGCUGCUGGGUCUGGGGGAGUGCAGCAACUGGAGCUCACCAGUAAACAUCACCAUACCACGAGGAUAA